ACAACAAAAGUAACGCUGUUGUAAUAACCUAACAUAAAUAUAUUUACAAUUAUUUUUAAAUAAUAUCAAAUAUUGUAAUAAGUGAAAACAAGUUUAUUAUUACUCGAAUGAAAGCAGUUAUUGUAACAACACAUAUUGUAAAAGAUUUUUUACUUAUAUCUGUGAAAUGAAAAGAUACAAAAAAAAUAUAGAUGUCGGAGAUGAAGCAAUUACAAAAAGAACAGCUGAAAGAUACAAAGCUGUCAUUAAAGAAAACUUAAAUUUUGAGGAGGUAUCAAGUCAUCAUAGCUCAGACGAUGGAAAUGUGUUGGAAAAUCUUGUCACAAAUCAAGAUAUUUUAUGUGCAGAAAACAGUAAUAAAGUUACGAAUCGCACUUCGACAGAAUCAAAUGAACUAGAUUUAACCAAUCACCUUCGCAGCUUAUUACUAGAAGAUGAGAACGAAUGUCUUCAACAAUCAUGCAAUAUCCCUAAAAAUUUGGAAGAAAUGAUUCAAAAUGUAGAUUUUUUUCAAUAUAUUACGAGUCCUAUUAAGGUUAAAAAAGGCGAAUUAUUUUUAAUGAUACUUAAAUUUUGUGUUGUGAAUAAGUUAUCAUUCUUAGGCAUGACUAAUCUUUUCAAGUUGUUUAAUGUUAUUUUUGAAUCGCCAGUCAUGCCUGAAUCGCGAUAUUCUGUAGAUCCGAAUUAAUAAGUUAAUCACAUGUGGACUAUGGUUUAAUAAGAAAAAACCUGAUAUGAGCGUGUUCUUAUCAACGUUUGUGGACGUAAUUAAUAAAUUAACUAGUGAAGGAAUUUCAUGUAAUGUAAAAAAUAAAAACAAGGUCUUAAAACUGCACGUCCUCACAUGCUGUGUAGAUUCUGUAGCUAGAGCUCCUGUUCAGGGCAUUAAACAGUUUAAUGGUAAAUACGGAUGCAGUUGGUGCCUGCAUCCGGGAGAAUGGGCUGAAGGUAGUAUGCGGUAUCCUUUAUUAACAUAUUAUGUGAAUGAUCGAGAUCAUGAAAAAACCGUUAAUGAUAUGUUACAUGCAACUCCUGAUAAUCCUAUUAAUGGUAUUAAAUACCCAUCACCUCUUAUAAAUUUUCCAAAAUUUAAUAUUAUAUUAGGUUUUACUGUUGAUUACCUUCAUUGUUGUUUAGAAGGUGUUGCAAGUCAGUUUACAGAAUAUCACUUGCAAUCAAUGAGUAAAGAUGACAUUGAAGAACUUGAUGAAAAAAUUAAUAAAAUUACUGCGCCUCAUCAAAUUUCACGUUUAAGCCGACCAAUAAGUAUCAGAAAGGAUUGGAAAGCACGUGAAUGGGAACAUUAUGUUCUAUUUUAUAGUGUACCGCUUUUAGCAGAUCACCUAAGCAGAAAUCAUCUUUUUCAUUGGCUUCUAUUUGUUAAAAGCUUGAAUAUACUGUUACAAAGUAGUAUUCAUAUAAGAGAAUUGGAUCGAGCCGAUCAAAUGUUGCACGAAUUUGUAGCUAAGUCUCAAGAAUAUUUUGGAAUAAAAUCAAUGACGUUUAAUGUCCACCAGUUACUACAUAUAUCUAAAACCGUAUUGAAUUGGGGACCAUUGUGGUGUCAGUCAACCUUCUCUUUUGAAUCCGCAAACCAAAAUUUGUUUAAGGCAAUACAAUGUUCAAAAGGAGUUACACUACAAAUCGUAAGAUUUAUCAAUAUCAAUCAUUUUAUUUCUGUUGUACAAGAAUAUGUAUAUCCACAUGCGGAUGUUUUGGUAAAAAUGUACUGUGAUGAUUUUCUUGGUUCAAAAGUGCAAAAUACUUGUAAAAUAAGGGAUAUCACAUAUUUUGGUCUGGGUAAUCGAGUACCAAAUGAUAUAUUAGAAAAAUUACAGCUGUCUGAACAUUCUGCAAACCAUUUUUGAAAAUGGUAAAAAAUGGAUGUUUAUACGAAUCAUCUAUUAGAAAGAAAAAAAGAUCAAAUAAUUAAUUUGCACAGUUAAAGGAGAAAAGAUUUAUACAAAUUGAUAGUUUUAUUGCAGAUGACGAAAAAAAUCAAGAAUUCACUGUCUGCAAUGUUGUUACAACAAGACAUCGAUUCAGCAAGCAUUACAAUAAUCUUAGAGUAAUAGAACAUAUCAGCACAGAAUCUACAAUUGUUGAAACCAAUGAGAUCGAGACUAUUUGUAUUUUCAUGCAAAUACUUGGAAUCAUGUAUAUUUGCCCUCUACCUAAUCUACUUCAUUAUUAAGUAUACAAGCAUUUUAAAGAAUUGCAAGCUUUUACGAGCACAUUAAUGAAAGCUUUAAUUAAUUUUUUAUUGUCGAUUAAGA